AUGGACUUGACCGCCGGGAAGAUCUGGAAGGUCGACGCAUGCAUUGGCAUGAUGGGCGACCCGUACAUCGGGGCGACGGAGCUCGAUGGGGGUCAGCUCGGGAACGGCCUCCUCCUCGUCUCCCACUUCCUCGGCCUCGAGGACGACGACCGCGUCAAGGCCGUCGCAGCGAGCCUCCGCGAUGCGGUGCCAUGGGCGCAGACCCAGACCAAGGACGCCAAGGAAUUUACAGACGUGAUGGGCAAGUUCAAGGACUACCUCCGGGACAUGCAGAUCGGGACGCCGUACAUCAUCCCCGGUGGCUGGGUCGGGAAGCUCUCGCGGAACGCGGUCGUGUACAUUGUCGAGAAGACGGCGGCCGACGAGUAUUCGUUCACAGUGUGCAACCGCGGGCCCGGCAGCGACUACCACCCGACGGACCCGACGCAGCUCAAGAUGAAGGUGCAGUCGUGCGCGACGAUCGCCCACGUGCCUGCAAGCCGCAUGCUCGACCUCUCGUUCUGGAGUCUUGCCUUUUCGCUCUGGCUGAAGAACCCGCCGUCCGAGUACCACCGCAUGGAGACGCUCUACGACGUGCUCUUGCCGUGGCUGGCCGACUCGGUCUUGCCUCUUGCGUUUGCGACGUCGCCCGACGCGUACUUUUGCACACCGCAGCGCAGCAACACUGGCUUUGUCAAGAACGUGGUCGAAGCCGCCAAGUUUCUCUUGCGCAAGAGAGGGCUCUCGGCGUUUGAAAUCAAGCGCAUCAUGUUCCGCGUGCGUUGGAACAUCCUCAAGCAGAUGCGCGACGACUUGAUUGCUCUCGACGACCCGACGCUGCCCUUCAAGACGUCGGCCGUCGAGGCAAUUCAAGCACUGGCGGGUAUUUCACUCAUCGACUCGCUGCAAGGUAGUCGUCAACUGCCCGACGUCAUUGCGGACGCGCCGGUCAUCGGUGUCUACUUUGCGAGUCUGAGCUGCCCUGCGUGCAAGACCUUUCGGACAAAGCUCAUCCGUCUCUGCGACAGCCUCACGGCCGCCGGUCGCCGCAUCGCGAUCAUUGUCGUGCCGCUCGAUUCGACGGACGAAGAGUACCAGUCGCACUUGAUGUCGCUUCCCGUGUCGUGGGCGUGCGUCCCGAUCGCAGAGAUGGCGGCGCGCAAAAAGCUCGUGCAAGCUUUCCACGUCUCGAAGAUGCCGCUCCUCGUCGUCAUGGACGCAACAGGCGCCGUCAAGACGCCUUUGGGUGUUGAGCUCGUGCUCCAGGAUCCGAUUGGUGCGCACUACCCGUGGGUGCCGUCCGACACGUUCCAGCUGCCGUUGCCGACGCUCUCGGACACGGAGGGUGCGUGCAUCCACAUGGCGCUCAAGCAAACAGGCCUCUCCGCGAUCAAGCAAAACACCGCCGGCGGGCUCUUGACGGACGACCUUGUGGCCGUGCACGAGCUCAUCCAAGACGUGGAUGCGAAGCGCGCGCUGAUUGCAGCCAAGACUCCGGCACCGGAAGAUACGUCCAAGUGGCAGUUUGAUCGCCAAGUACCAUUGCUUCCGUUCGAGCACAUGGAGCACUUCAAGCCCGCGAGCGUCGACGGCUAUGCAGGCAACGUCGCCGAGGCAGUCGUGCCCGUGCUUGCCAGCAUGCUCGACGUCCCGGAGCGUGUCGGUACGAUCGAGCUGGCGGCGGCGGCCUUUAUCCGCUGCGAGGGCGUGUGCCAGUCGCUCUUGCAGCGCGCAGGCGACGGAUCGUCGUCCUCGCGCGUCGCGCUGCACCACGAAGUCAUCCAACUCGUCACGACGCUCUUUACCGAGACGAUCCCCGUGCCAUCGAUUGCGGACGACGACAUGUGGCGGCAGCCUGUCGGGAAGGAGCUGCAGUUUGGUGUUUUGAAGAGCGUUCACAACCUUGUGCUUAUCCUCGGUAUCGUGUGGCAGUCAAUUGAGCGGCCGUCGCGAAGCUUGGACGCCACGCGGGCCCUCGCCUCGAUCUGUGCGCUGGCCAUGUACGAUGCCAUGCUGCGCGCGGUCGCCGUCGACACGCCUAUGGAGAUGUCGCUGCUAAUGGCCGAGGGCUACGUGCUCGCGAAUUCAUUUUGCCAAAACAGCCGGACGCUGCUCGAGACGGCGCGCGCGAUGGAGCUCGUGCAACCGUCGUUUGCGGUCGUGCGUGGCCGCGUCCUUGCGUACUUUGCGUCGCUCAACACGCUCACGCCGCUCUUUGAGCUGCGCAUGCCGGACGAGAAGGUCGAGCUCAAAAAGUACAGCACGACGUUUGGCUUUUUGCGCAAGCUCAUGGAGCUGUACAACUACCCGCUCAUUGCGCCCGAUGACGCCAACCCACCGAGCGAAAUGGAGGCGCUCGUCGACUGGUUCCUCUCGGACUCGACGCCGCUUGCCGAGCAGCACCCCGAAAUGGCCCAGACGCGCGACCUCGUGACGAUGUGCAAGUUUCUGUGCACGAUGGAGACGCGCGAAGACGAGCUCAUGCGCCGCCGCACGGGCCUGCGCCAGUGGCAGAUGUGGUCGCUCACGUUUGACGAGGCGACGUCGCGCUACGGCCGCCGCUUCAACAUUUCGCGCAACUUUCUCGCGGGCAAGCUCAAGUGGGAGGUGGCGGGCUUCCGCGGCAUCGACCAGGACAUUGCCGACAUUGAUGUCUCGGGCUUUACCCAGCGCAAGCUCUUUUUCGGCGAGGGCCCCGUCGUUGUGAGCCCGGCGUCGCUGCCACCACUGCUCCAGACGUCGCUGCCCGUCGUGACAGAGGAUGAUGUGAUGCACACGGAUGCACUGCCGCUCUUCCAGGGCACGCUCUCGUCGGAAGAGUCGGAGUAUUUGCUGAGCUACCUCACUGUGCCGUAUACGCGCAUUCCGCUCGUCCUGGGCUUCUUCGCGUCGCGGGACCGCGUCAUGUACCUCUUCAACCCACUUUUGCAGACGCUGCUGCGCGCCGUGCUCUUUGAAGGUGGUGACUGGGUCCUGCGCACGAGCGGCGAGUCGAGCGCCGAAAUGAUUACGCACGUACCUCUGCGCAAGAGCGGUCUCGUGCUCCAGGAAGAGGCGCUCGAGCAGGUGCUCGAUGCGCGCGUGCACCACCAAAAGGCCGCCGACCACCUCGGCACGAUGAACGGUCUUUUGCUUAACGAGCUCUCGCACGCACCCGAGGCGACCGUGCGCCCGAUCCUCAUCAUGUUGCAGGCGAUCACGGAGCUCGGCGAGGCAUCGGUGCACUCGUCGGACGCGAGCUUCAUCUUGUACAUGCUCCAGCUCAGCGUCGACGUACUGCGGUAUGUGACAUUUGCCGUGUACGAGCACACACACGUGUCUGCGACGACGUUGGCGACGCUGCAGGCGCUGCGCAGCGAGCUCGUGGGUCAGCUCUUUGGUUUCGGGCUCACGACGCUGGACAAGUGGCGCAUGGAGGCCGAGGCGAAGGACGACCUCCGCACGGCGUGCGUCAUCCACUCGUAUAUGGCGCUUCUCUUUAUGAACCUGCGCGUCGACGAGUACACACCGGCGCGGCUGGUGACGCUGCUCGGAAGUGUCGCGUAUGUGCGCAAUUGGCACUGCUUUGGCAUGCACGUGCUCCUGGAAGACGAGUCGGAGCUCUCGAGUGAACAACGACUCUUGCGCUGGCUCCAAGCCCACGGCAUUGACACUAAGAACGUCGCGACGGGGUCUUUGGACAAGUACCUCACGGAUCGCCCGGUCGGCAUGGAGAUUAUCCAAGCACCGAGCAUUCUGAAGAAGAAGCCAAAGGAGGACGCGACCACCGUGCUGUACCCGCCGGCGGGCGUUCUCGAGAGCGAGCUCUUUGAGCUGCUGCAGGCCAAGCGCCGGUCGAUUGUCGAGUUUGCCCAGUCGCUCUCGCCGAACGACUGCAACGCGCUGCUCAACUCGAUUCUGCACAUUGCGCUCCGGGCCAAGACCGUGCCGACGCACGAGUGGACGAUGGACGCGGGUGUGGCCGGCACGGGUCGCUACGUGUGCACGCAAGCCGAGAUGAAGAUUGACCUGCAAACGGGCGAGAUUCUCUGGCGCAACGACGAGCUCAAGCCCGUGCCCGACUCGAUGGUGCAGUUUUCCGACUAUCGCCAUCACUUUGGCAACGAAGCGCUGCACUGCGGCCUCUCACCUCUUGGCACCGAGUGCGAGCUCAUGGAGUGGGAUGAGCCGUCGCCCGACGACCAAGGCGUCGACACGCCGACGGUGUUUCUUCCGCCUGUCCCGGCCGCGACGCCUGCCGUCCCGAGCGACGCCAAGAUGUACUGGGAGUGCCCGGCGUGUACGUGCGCCAACUUUAACGGCGACCAGCCCAACGCAGCGUGUGAGGUGUGCGCAACGCCCAAGCAUGUACCGGCGCCGACACCAGCGCCGGCGCAGCCGGCCGAGCCCACGGAGACGGGGUUCCUGUACCUCGGAACCGAGUAUAGCCGGCGCUUGGAUCCGUACUCAAAGGACGAGCACGAGAUUGAGUCGGAGCUCUGGUUUGUGAGUCUCGUGCGGAGCGUCGUGAACGCGCUCUUUCCCGAGGACGACCCGGCCAAGAAGCUGCCGUUCUCGCUCUUCCUUCCAACGAGCGUGGCGCCCGAGACGGCGCCGCACGUGACGCUUCUGGCGCUGCACAAGAACGACAAGUCGGAUUUUCUCUCGACAUUCAAGGAGAUGAUCGUGUACCGCCACUACAACGUACUCCAUGUCUUUUCGCUCAUCUCGCACGGCCGCCGCCUGCACCGCAAGCUUCUCUUUACGUCGAAUGCGCGUCUCGCGCUGCACAGCUUUGUGCCCAACGUCGAGGGCGCCGGCGAGUCGGUCGCGCCGAGCGUGCAGUACGCGGCGGGCGACAUUAUGGAGCUCCAGAGCUCUGGCAACUCGCUCGUCAUUUUGCGUCGCAACAAGAGCCUUCAUGGCGUUGAGACGUACUUGCCGCCGCGGUUUCUCCAGGGCCUCAUUCCGAGCGCGUUCCUCGAAGCGUUCAAGUUUUGGCAGGGCGAAGACGGCAUUUUGCGCGGCGAGCCGCUCGACGACGAGUCGCAGUGGUUCAAGUACCAGCUCGAGAUCCAGCUCAAGCACAACAAGGUUGCGUACGUUGUCCGCAAGGCGAUCGAUGCCGCGCCGACGCUGAUCCAGCACACGUUGGGCCAGCCGUCGGUGAUUGCGCCGCCGCCUGCGCCGAUUGCCGUGCCGCCGACGCCGCCGCCGAUGCGCCAAGAGAUGGUCAUUGCCGACGAAGACGUAGUCCAGCUCAUGUCGCUCGGGUUUUCGUACUCGGGGUGCGUCCUUGCGCUCAAGGAGUCGGGCAACAGCGUCGAAGAAGCCGCGAUGUGGCUGCUGGACGAAGCCAACCAGACGCGCAUUCUUCAAGCCGACGAGAUUCCAGAAGAAGCGCUCGAGGCGUCGCUCCGUGAGCAGCAACUCGUCGAGGCUGUCAUGGCGGCGUCAUCUGUCUCGCGCAUUGCGGCGACGUAUGCGCUGGAGCUCUUCAACCACGACGAUACGCUGGCGACGGCGUGGCUUUGCGAGCCCGACAACGCGGACGAAAUCGCACGCAUGGAAGCCGACACGCGCGGUGGUGACGCUGACACGUCCCUGCCCAACGCGCCGCGCUUGGCCAAGCAAGCGUCCGAAGGCGAGCAAGCCGACGCCAAGCGCGUCAAGAUGACGCACGGUGGCGAGCUUGUGCUCUUGAACCCGCUCCAUAUCGCGUCACCGGACUCUACGAUGGCGCGCAUUGCACACGUCCUGGGGCGCAUUGAAGAUCUCUCGCACGUGUUGAUUUGGACGGCAACGUUGCCGACGGCGCUAUUGCAGCACGAGACCGAGUCGGACCCGGUCGGAGAAUUGUCGCAGAUUGCGCUCAUCGAGCUGCCACGGCUCAAGUUGCGCUUUGAGCCGCGCCGUGGGGACGACGGGCGCGUCCAUCUCUACAUGGUCGACCAGCGCGAGUGGUUUAUCUGUCUCGACGACAUGUCGAAGCUCUCGGCGCCGCUUCGCGCCCUCGCCACCUCGAUGCCGGACGCGGUCGUGCUGGCCACGUCCCGUGAUGAGUACCGGUUUCUGUGCGCCAACCACGAUGUGUAUCGCCCGAUGGUCCAAGGCGUGCCGUUCUCGACCGUUGUCGUGCCCAACCGCGCGUCGGCGGGCUGGCAGCAGGUCAUGGAGACGCGCUACUACUUGUACCCGGUGCACGCAAGCCAGACGUUUGUGCUGACGCCGAGUCUGAGUUCGACGCUGUACCUGAUUUUGCUCGCGCUCAUGAACCGCCAGUACAAGAGCGCGGCGCAGUACAUUGCGACGUGCCAUGUCGACGUGCCGUUUACGGACGAGGAGCAGUGGAUCUUCAACCAAAUUGAAAAGACGCUGCAGGACCGGCACCCGGACGCGUGCGCGUGCCGCGUCCGAUUGGCGCUCGCGAUCCAGUACAGCGAAAAUAAGUGCUCGUGGCGCUUGGCGGACGAGCUGCACGUCGUGUCAACCAGCGUCGCCCACGUGCAAGCCGAGUGCCGCUUGAACGCCCAGGAGGAGCUCGACGCGCUCGCGCUCUGUGAGAACAUGUCGCCGCUGCUGCAAGUGCGCAUGGCCCUCUGCGUCGCCGAGCAGCGAAAGCAGAUGGACACGGAUGUCAAGCCUGCGCGCCUCCGCGUGGGUGGUCAGCCGUGGGUCAAGCUCAACAUGCUCACGGCCGCGUACCUCGAAGAACAUGCAACGACGCUCUCGACGGUGCGCUACAAGCGGCCGUCGGCGCUGCUGGCCGACGAAGAGUGCAUGAAGCUGAUUUGGGACAAUGAGAUUGUCGGCGACGAAGCGAGCGGCGCGAACCGCGGCCUCGGCUGCCUCUUUUUGUACGAGUGUCUCAACGGACAUGUGUCGCUCCGACUGCACGGCGAAGAGUACACGCGGUCGAUGGCCGACCUCCUCGCGCGCUUUUUGCAUCUGAAGCUCGCGCGCUGGGGCAAGGAAGUCGUCGAGGACGGCGAGGAAGAGUGCUCGGUCUCGAUUGCCAUGUCGCAGGUUGCGGUCGUGCUCUCGAACCCGUACCACGCGUGGCCCGCGCUGCCCGUGGACCGGGACUCGACGCACAUGCUCGAGCGCGGCGUGAACCUCUACUCGAAGCACUUGAAGGACUCGAUGCUCAAGAACUUUUUCGACAUGACCACGAUGGAGUUUCAGACGCUCCUCGUCGCCAACAGCGACCGCGUCAUCCCGCCGUUGCGGCAGCAGCUCACGCACGCGCACAAGACGCUGCCCGAGACGGUGCGCCGCGCGCGUGCCGGCGCGUUUCCGUUUCCUUUGGCGGUCAAGCCCUCGGACGCGAGCUGCGCCGAGCGUGUCUUCACGCUUGGCCACGACGCGCUGCAUCCGUUUGUGCCGCUCAGCUUUUUCCGCGCCGAGGACUAUGUCGUGCACUGCCGCCCCGAGCGCGAACUGGCGACGCAGCUGCCGUUUGAUCUCUCGGCGCACCCCGCGGCGCAGAGCGUCGUUGCCAAGGACUUGCUGCAGCGAUUGGCCGACGACGUCAAGAACCAUGCCGAGACGACCAACCACACGCUCGAGCCGUUCUUUGUCGGCGUGUCCCGCCUUGGCUUUGACGGCGCGACGUGCGUGGCCAAGCUCGAGACGCUCAUUGCAGCGAGUCAUGCGCAGCGCGCCAAGGACGAAGCCUUUGUCCUCGCGACGAUUGCGACGCUGGAAGCGCGCGUCAAUGUGGUUGAAUUUAGCGUCACCGAUACGCCGAGCACGCGCUUGGCCAAGUGCCGCUUCCUCGUCGAGCGGUUUGCGCAGCAGCACACGCCCAUCGACUUUGCGUACCUCGCGUCGACGCUCGCGUCCUCCGACAUGGCCGGCGACCUCGCGCGCAAGAACCCGUUUGUCGAUGUGGCGCAAUUGCCGACGGUACUGCAGCUCGUCCAGCUCGUGCUCUUUUGCGCCAACCGUAUGAGCCAUCUGAACCGACUGAUUGGGUCGGCGGCCGCGCUGAAAUCGCUCGUCGAGUCGCACGUGCUGUACCAAAACCAAGACGCGAGCCGGAUGCUGCACGCGUCGCAGGACGUGGCCAACGGACUCUUGGCGUCGCGCCACUACCUCAAGGAGCGCGAUGGACAGACGUAUGCGUACGACCCGCGCUACCUCCUCUUUGAGUUUGUGUUUGAGCUCCUCUUGCGGCAGCGUCAAGUCGAAAUGGUCGAGAGCUUUAUGACGAGCAUGCACAAUGGCGUCUCGCGGGUGCAGCAGAUGAUCAUGGGCGCCGGCAAGACGACGGUCGUCGGGCCGCUCUUGACGUACAUGCUCGCCGACUCGAAGGUGCUCGUGACGCACGUCAUGCCGACGGCGCUCCUCGAGCAGUCGCGCGCCGUGCUCCGGUCGCGCUUUAGCAAUGCGAUUCUUCAAAAGCGCAUCUUUACGCUGUCGUUUGACCGGAGCGUCGACGACGACCCGAUGGCGAUCCUAGCGCUUGCGUCCAAGCUCCAGCGUGCGUGCGUGCACGCUGAUGUCAUUUGCGCGUCGCCCGAGGCCAUCAAGUCGCUUUUGCUCAAGUUUGUCGAGCUCCUCCACUCGCUCGAGCAGUCGACGCACGACCCGGACUUUCGCCUCCACGACACGUCGCGGACCGGCAUGCGCAUCCGCAAGGUGCUUCACUCGCGCGCCGACAUGGCCGACGAACUUCAGGUUGUGCUUCGGCAGUGGCAGCGCGGCGUCCUCAUCAUGGACGAGGUGGACGUGCUCUUGCAUCCGCUUCGGUCGGAACUCAACUUUCCGAUCGGCAACAAGUUUCCGAUCGACUUGGCGGCGAACCGCUGGGAGCUACCGAUGCACCUUCUCGACGUCGUGCUCUCGUCGUCGUCGUCGUCGCCGCUGCACGCGGAGCUCCACACGCUCUUGCAUGAGGGCUACAACGUGCAUGCGCUCCAGCGCUUCCCGCAUUUGGUGCUGCUGGACGUUGCGUACUAUGACGCCAAGCUCCGACCGAUCCUCGCUCGCGUCGCGUACGAGUGGCUCUCGCACCACUUCAAGAUGGGCAAGUGCACGCUCUCGAUGGACGACGUCAUCUACUACCUGCAGUGCGACCGCGUCGACCUUGGUAGUCAGUCGCACAUUGAGAAUGGGCUCUCGGAGCACGGCCUCAAGCUGCUCAACCUCGGGCGCGAAUGGAUCCGGACGCUCUUGCCGCACUGCCUUUCCAAGAUCAACCGCGUCUCGUACGGCCUUUUGCAGAAGCAGCAUUUCGAGUCGAAUGGCAACACGCCGUCUCGUCUCUUGCUCGCAGUGCCCUUUGUCGGUAAGGACGUACCGAGUCGGUCGUCGGAGUUUGCACAUCCCGACGUGCUCAUUGGCCUCACGAUCCUCGCGUACCGCUACGAAGGCGUCCGGCGCACCGACAUCAAGACGGUUGUCGCGCAGCUCAAGCACGACUUUAGCCGGCAGCUCGGGCCGCGCGAGCAGCGCCCCGCGUGUGCGCUCUUCCGGUCGUGGGUGCUCGAAGGCCUCGCGCUGGCCGAGAGCACGAGCGGCGUCCUCCCGCUGCCGCUCUUUCAGCUCAACGACGCGUCGCAGGUGACGCGCUUGUUGCAGCUGGUGCGGCUCUUGCCGUCGGUCGUGCACUAUUAUGUGCGGCAGCACGUCUUUCCGUCGUGCAUGAACUUUCAGAAGCUCAAGGUCUCGGCGUGCGGCCACGAGCUCGGGAGCGACAGUCUCUUUGCGAAGCGCAUUGGUUUCUCGGGUACGCCGAGCAAUUUGCUGCCGUUGGACCUCGGCGACUGCCACUAUGAGCCGCAGUCGGACGGCAACAUCUUUUCGGUGCUCACGUCGGCGCGCGUGACGACGCUCGAGCGCAAGCUCGACUGGACCGCGACGAGUCUGCUCAGAGACAUUGCAACCCACGACCCGCCGUUCCAUGCGCUCAUCGACACGGGCGCGCUCAUCACGGGCCUCGACAAUGAAGAGGUCGCGCGCUUCCUCUUGACGCACUUGCCUCUCUCGAUGGAAGGCGUCGUCUACUUGGACCCGAGCGACCGGCAGAUGAUUUUGCUGCGCGACCACGCGGCCGCGAUGCCGCUCGUGCAGUGCGGUCUCGGGCCCGAGAAGCGCUUUACGUUUUACGACCAAGUGCACACGACCGGCAUGGACAUCAAGCAGUGCACGAGUGCCCGCGCCGUGCUCACGCUUGGGAAGGACAUGACGUUUCGAGAUUAUGCCCAAGGCGCGUACCGCAUGCGCGGCAUUGGCGCGGGCCAGACGAUCCAUUUGUACUUGAUCCCCGAGGUGGAGAACCGGAUUCGCCAAGAAGUCGCGACGGGACCGGUUCUUCUCGACGACUUUCGACUGCUCGUGCCCGCGUGGCUGCUCGUCAACUCGAUGAAGAUGGAGUCGAUGCAGCUCGUGCAGCUCUCGCUCCAGGAGCUCCACAACACGUGGCGGAAGCGCGCCCUCUAUGCGCUCCUCGAUGAAGUCGAUGCGCACAGACACGGCCAGAAUGCGACGCAGCGGCUGCUGCGUUUCCAAGGCAACGACUGGCUGCGGCAGUGCAUUGACGCCUUCCGCGUCCAAGUGUCGUACGCGGUCGCGGCGCAGCUGCCGUUGCCCAAGGCGAUCACCGACACGAUGGCCGAGCUCACGGCGGCGCAUGCCGCCUUUGUGCAAACGCCGGCCGAGCUUGCGCGGAUCGAGACGGUCCAGCGCCGCGUGAGCAGCCUCAGCGGGCACGUGACCGCGUCGAGCGACAUGCACUUGAACGCCGAGGUCGUCCACGAGAAUGAAGCCGAGGCGGAAGAAGAGGCCGAAGAAGAGGCCGAGCAGGAAGAGCAAAAGAUGAGCGCAUACACGCGCGACGACGAGCAUCCGGUGCCGUGGAGCACGGACGCUCUCAAGGAGAUGACGGGCGACUCGUUUUACCCGAUGGCGCGCUUCCAGGCGCACACGGCGUGCCCGUCGAUCGCUUUUCCGGUCUCGAUGCUCGUCUCGGACAACUACUUUCGUCCGCGCUGGAUCGGCCUUGGCGAGCGCCGACUCAAGAACGUUGGCUUUCUCAUGGAGUGGCAUCCGCUUCAGAUCCAGAGCCGGCUGCGCGCGCGCAUCACGACGCUCUUUGUUGCGAUCUGCGCGCAACAACCCGGCAUUGCCCCGACGGACGCAGCAGCCCAAGCGAUCCAGCUCGCGUCGCAAUCGGACCUUGGGACACCGGACGAGAAUGAGGUGCCGGGGCCUGUCUACGUUGUCGCGCUCUCGCUGGCCGAAGGCGAGACGCUGCGUCGCAUGAUCCACUGCGCGCACCCCAUCUUUGCCGUCAGCGGUAUCCAGCUACGCACGGCCGACGGCGCGCUCGUCGAGGCGUCGCACGCGUCGUCGGCGGCGCUGACGCCGACUGUGCAAGAAGCCAUCGAGUGCUUUCGGUUCUUCAACGGCGAAAUGUACUACACGGCGCCGCAGAUGGACCACGUGCUCGCGGGCCUUGCCGACAUUCCGCUGCACUUGCGGCACGAAUUCUUCAUGUGUUGUCUCCGCCUGCGCCGCCGCGAGCGCCAGCUCUGGGGCGACACGCCGCUGGCCAAGGUCUUUACCAAGUCGGACGAGUGGCAUUUGCUGAGCGCGCGCGCCAAGAUGGAGCAAUUUCAGCGCGGCAUUCGCACCGAGAAGAUCCCGCUCCUCUCGUCGUGGCACCGUUUUGACGGCAACAACGACGGCGUUCUCUCGUACGACGAGCUCCUCCGGUGCUUUGAGAGCUUCCAGCUCGGGUUCUCGCCCAGCGACCUCAACGAGAUUAUCGGUCUCGUCGAGACGGCGCACGAAGAGCGCGGCGUGUCGAUCGCCAAGCUCUGCGCGGCCUUCCACGUCGACCCGACAAAGGAGCACCACGCUGCCAAGACGACGACGACCGACGGCGACGCGCUCUGGAUGUGCAGCGUGUGCACGUACACGAACGAGCCGCUCUUGACGGCGUGCGCCAUGUGCAGCGAGCCGCGCGACAAGCUCGCCAAGACGCCGCAAGCCACCACAUGGACGUGCGAGAACUGCACGUGCGUCAACCCGAUUCUCGAGACGACGUGCUCGGUGUGCGAGAUGGGCAUGAGCGGCCGCCGCGAGGUGCCCAAAGACAAGUGGGUCUGCGACCCGGACCAAGGCGGCUGCACUUUUUUCAACCCGCUCUCGUCCUUCUACUGCGACGUGUGCAACCGCGCGCGCCCCGACCUCGCGAGCCACCGCUUCUAG